CGACUCCUCCCUCAAGGGCGGGGACAAACGGGGCCCAAAAUGGCGGCCAGCCGCUACCGGCGUUUCCUUAAGCUGUGUGAGGAAUGGCCAGUGGACGAGACCAAACGGGGCCGGGACUUGGGCUCUUACCUGCGGCAGCGGGUGGCACAGGCCUUUCGGGAGGGAGAGAACACCCAGAUUGCAGAGCCUGAGGCCUGUGAUCAGAUGUAUGAGAGCCUAGCACGACUCCAUUCAAACUAUUACAAACACAAGUACCCUCGCCCCAGAGACACGAGCUUCAGUGGCCUGUCCGUGGAAGAAUACAAGCUGAUCCUGUCCACAGGUAUUGACAGUCCAGCUGCCCUUUCCGACACCUUGGAAGAGUUUAAGGAAAUGAAUAAAGGCAUGUGGAAGAAGCUGCAGGAGAAGUUUGCACCCAGGAAUCCCGAGGAGAAGCAGAAGGCCUGGGCUCGGUCCUUAUCUCGCCCGCGCACCUAAGAGUGGAGUCUUGCACGUUGCCAUCAUAAAUAAAACUGCCCUGAUUUCCCCAUC